GGCCACCUCCGUUCCGAUCGCUCGUUCCUUUCGUUCGUUACAAUAUCAUCCGCAGGAAACUGCCGCCGCUGCGCCGCAGUUUUUCAAAUUAUCCAAGGAAACCCGAAACCACGGCAACGCGCGGGUGCGGUCGGAUAAACAAUUAAGGGCUCACCUGUAAUAAAACGAAAAAAAAAUAAAAACAAAAAAACAAACAAACAAUAUCAUCGACGACAAAAUAACGGCGAAACGAUUUGAAGAACGAGAUACGUGACACAUUUUAACCGCGUUACAUGAAAUCGGUUGGUAGGCAAAAGUGCGCGUUACGAUAUGUAAAAUCGUGAGGUAAUUAUUUUGAAUAAUAUCGAGUCACCGGGGGCUUCAAGAAGCGGGCGGGUUGGAAGACAGAAGCUAGAAGAAAUAAGGUGAUAAAAUUAUUCGUCGAAUAAUUUGAAGCGAAAUAGCGUUAUAAGCCAAAGAAUUUUGUUCGUCUGACGGACGGGGGAGAGAAGAGAAAAUUUUCCGAACGAAAUAAAAGUAAAAGAAGAAAGAGAAGAAGACAAAAAAUAGAGAAAAGACGAGAAACAAACCGUUUAAAUUCCGUGGUGCGGAUUCCGAGGCGGAUCAAAAGCGUGAACUUAAUUCUUUGGAGAAAAGUGUGGCUCACAAGUCCUGAGAACACCUUCGCGACUCACUUGCUGCCUGUUGCCGUAGCUGUUGCUGUUGCUGCUGCUGCUGCUGCUGGUCGUAGUUCGUCGUCGACUUUCUCCAGAGACCUGGGGAGCCGGUAAAUGUCUUCUGACGACGAGUAACGGUGGAGUAUUACGUUCGAGGUGCUGCCUGGCGAAGCCCUCGAUUGAAAAAAAAAAAAAAAAAGACUGACCCGACGACGGAAUAUACGCGGGGCCGCUGUUGCUGGAUAGGCGAAAUUCAGUGCUGACGGGAUAAGUGGAAAGAGUAGGAGAAAAUUAGGAAAAUUUAAAUUAAACGAGUAAACUCUUCGCUCGCGCUAAUCGAACCGAUAACGGUAAUCAAACCGGCUAAAUAUGAGGGUGCACAGAGGGAUAUGCGGCAAACUUCAGAGUGGAUUUCUCAGGCGAUGGUGGGCCGCGAUACUCGUCGGUAUUUUCUUGAUAAUAGUGGCCGCCAUAUUGGCGACUUUCUUUCCAAAGAUCGUCGAUGCUUUGGUGGACAGGGAAGUCGCCCUUCGAGACGGUGGACGGGCCUACGGAUGGUGGAAGGAACCCCCGGUGGCACCGCAUAUGCACGUUUACGUCUACAACGUUACCAAUGCCGACGCAUUUCUCAACAAUGGGGAAAAACCGGCGCUCCAGGAGAUCGGUCCCUACGUGUACAUAGAGAAAUGGAUCAAGGUCGACGUGGAAUUCAACGAUAACGAUACGGUCACCUACAAACAGAGGAAGGAAUUUGUUUUCUCGUUGGAACUAUCGGUGGGUUCGGAAGACGACGUCGUCGUAGUUCCAAACGUCCCCAUGUUAUCGGCAACGAGUCAAUCCAAGCACGCGGCACGCUUCCUCCGUUUGGCCAUGGCCUCCAUAAUGGACAUAUUGAAGAUAAAACCGUUCGUGGAAGUAUCAGUUGGACAGCUGUUAUGGGGUUACGAAGACCCGCUCCUCAAAUUGGCCAAAGACGUCGUGCCCAAGGAGCAAAAACUCCCCUACGAUCAGUUCGGUCUGAUGUACCGUAAGAACGGUACAGCGCCCGAUCUCUACACGGUAUGGACCGGCCAAAACGAUAUCACCAAGUACGGAAUGAUUGAAAAAUGGAACGGUAAAAAGGGACUCGGUCAUUGGUCUACGCCCCACUGCGACAGCAUAUUCGCCAGCGACGGCAGCAUAUUUCCACCCCACAUAACAAAGCACACCGUUCUCAAGGUCUUCGACAAGGACCUCUGCAGGGCUUUGCCUCUGGUGUUCAAGCAAGAGGUAACCACGGCUGGUGGAGUGCCGGGAUUCAGAUUCGUACCACCGGCCGACGUCUUCGCAUCCCCCGACCGCGUACCUUCGCAACAAUGCUUCUGUCCGUCCGGACCACCCUGCGCACCCGAGGGAACCUUCAACGCAUCACUCUGCCAAUACGACUCGCCGAUAUUGCUGAGUUUCCCGCAUUUCUAUCUCGCUGACCCGGCGUUACGAGAGGCGGUGACCGGCAUUUCUCCACCUGACGCAGAAAAACAUCAACUGUAUAUCGACGUGCAACCGAAUAUGGGUACGGCCCUGAGAGCCAGAGCACGUAUCCAGAUCAAUCUGGCCGUUAGCCAGGUCAGCGACAUUAAGCAGGUCGCAUCUUUCCCGGACAUCGUAUUCCCGAUUAUAUGGUUCGAAGAUGGUAUCGAUGAACUCCCGACCGAGAUGAGAUCCUUAUUAAAGAUGGCCGUCGACGUACCUCCGAUCGCUAGAGCGGCGAUUUCCGGCGCCUUGGGGGCCAUCGGACUCAUAGUUGUUAUCGGAGCGUUGAUAUGCCUGGCGAGAGCGGCGAGCCGUCAAGAAAAAUUACAUCUCACAAACCCAUUGCCAUCGAACGGAAAGAAGGGAAUGAGUCCGAAUUUCCAAAAUCCAUCAGCCUCGUAACUCUCGCAUCGCAUCGACCCGAAGAUGCAGUAUAAAUAUUUAUGUAUUGAUUAGAUUUGUAUAAUUAUGCGACAUGCUCAUCGGCGGGAUACAUACGAAAACUCCACUGGCCGGUAAUACAUACCUGCAUGAAUUUUUUGAAAAUUUCGAUCGACUGGGUAAAGUUUUUUUUUGUUUUUUUUAUUUCCCUUAUCGUUUUUUUUUUUCGUUCUUGAUUUUAAUUUUUAUUUCUUGUUUCGAGUGUCCGAAUAUUUUUGCGGAUCAUAAGUUGUAUAGGUAAUUACAUCUAUAUGUAUAGGUAUACGAAGUGAAAAAGAAAGAUUAUUAUAAUUGAUCGAAUAUUCAUUUGGAACAGACACAGAAGAAACAAAAAAGAAAAAUAAAAAUGAAAACAAAACAGAAUUUCUUACAACUUACCAGUCGUGCCUUGAAAUUUUACGUUAUGUAUAGGUGAUACGUAAACCGUAAUAUAGGAAAUUUAAUUAGCGUUUAUAAUAAUCGUGAUUUUGAACCUAAACGUGCAUCGAUCCGCAAGUGAGUCGGUGAAGUUUCUUCCUGUAAGAAAUCAACAACGACAAAAAACCAAGAUGGAGUAAUAAUUUGACGUUGUGAAGCGAAAAAUAGAUGGCAAUGCUACUUAAAAUUGUUCGUCGUAAGAAAUAUAUUUUUUCUCUGUUCUGCUAUUGAUUGCCACAAUUCACUCAUAGAUACGGAAUUACACCGACAAAAUUGGAACUGGUUUGCGAUCGUCCUCGCAGAAUCGUGAAUCGAUAAUACUUUUUUAUUUUUUAUCUACAUUUUUCAAUCAAUCAAACUAUCAAUCGAUCAAUAAAGAAGAAAAACCCGAAAUUGAAAAAAAUACAUCGUCCAAAUCCGACCGGGAAUAUGCGAGUCGAAUAUAUACAUACAUAUAUAUAUUAUUCGGUAUCAGAUCAUGUGAUUAUAAAUUCUUUCAAAAAUUAAGAUUGUUUCUUAGGUUUCGAAUCUAAUGGCGCUCAAAAUGCAACGAAUGUAUAAUGUUCGCGUAACGUAAAUACAUCAGCUGGUAGUCCGAUAAAAUACAUUACGUUUUGUCACGGACAAAUAAAUUUACCAUCUUCGAUCGUAUACACCAUUGUAUCGUUUGAAUAAAAUUUAGAUUUACGUAUAUGGAAAGAUGGGGAAUUCAAUAAAAAGUGAGAAAAUAAAAAUUCAAAAAAAAAAAAAAAAUUAAAUGAAGUAAUA